AUGGCUGAUACCGCGAGCAAGAAACUCGCUACCUCUUCCAUUGACUCCUCGUUUCCUGUCUCCGUUCCUUGUGUAGAUGCCUUGGCCUUUCACGAUGCUGGCUUCGAGGCUUACCUAUGCGAGACUCUGCGCGAAUAUGUGGCCUGGCGAGCAGAUGCUCCCUCUUCUCCCGCACAUGUCUCAGAGACUACUGGCACGGACAUACAAGUCGACGAGAAGACAUUCGAUGCCCAACUAUCCGCUAAUGGGGGCUUGCCGGCUUCGAUAGACCUACACGUAGACCAUGAUUCCGGCAACUCGGCUCACCUUCCCGAAGACAUGGUAGCCGAGGGGAAGAUGCUCACCGAGAACGCAGAUUUAACGUACAGGACCACGCAAUCGCCGCUCGUAGAUCUCUUCUUCUCGCUUGAGAAGCAGAUAGCGCCUGAGAAGCUGCAGAGUCUUCUCGACGCAUCAUGGAACGAGGAUCCGCUGACCACGCUUAAGAUCAUCUGGAGCGGUCGCAGUAUCCAUCUCGGCCGCGGCGAGCGGGGAACGUUCUACCGCUGCGUCGGCUGGCUAGCGAAGCAUCACCCGCUGACAGCCUUGCUGAACCUGAAGUGGCUCGCCCGUCCGGUGAUCGAGAAAAAGGUGGUGAAGAAGGAAGAUGCCGACCUUGAUGCCAUCAUUGUGAAUGCACCGGAGGAUGUUGAAGGUGAUGGCCAAUGGCUUGUGCGGAAUGGUGUCUCUCACGGCUACUGGAAAGAUCUGCUGAACAUCCUCGUACUUGCGGUCAACAAGCAUCUGGGUGUGCUGAAGGAUCCGGCAUUGGUUCUCAACAUGAAGAAUAAACAGCCUAAGAAAAGGAAGUUCAACUCGACCAAGGACGAGGUGAAAGAGAACAGGCAUGCGCAGGAGCAAGAGCGACAUCAAAAGUUCUUGGACAGGUUCGAUCACGACGGCUUCUAUAAUGUGCUUCAUCUCAACGUCGCUCGCCUCUUUGCUGAGCAGCUACGGGCGGACAUGAAGCUUCUGGACAGCGGCGACAAGAAGGCGCUUCGUAGGAUCUCGCUAUGCGCCAAGUGGGCACCCAGCCUCGAGCGUUUCCACGAUAAGCACACCUUCAUCGCCUCGACCAUCGCGGAAAUGCUAUACCCGCAAACGGAGCUUGACCCGACGCUUACCGACCGCGAGAUGUAUCUGAAGCACGCCAGAGAGGCCUACCGCAGCCGCACGCUUGCGCCUCUCCGGAAAGCCCUCGCUGUAGUAGAGCGUGACAUCACCGCCGAAAACUUCUCCGCGAUCAAGUACGAGCGGGUUCCCUCGCUGGCUAUGGACCGCUACAAGCUCCUCUUCGCUCAGAAAGAUUUCGACCACUUCUCCGCAUACCUCGAAGACGUCACCUCUGGCAAAGCCCGCAUCUCUGGUGCUGUCCUUACACCCGCUACGCUGGUACACCAAGCAACGCAGCUGUACCUGCCCCCAGAGCCGCCAUCCGACGCUUCCGACCCGGACGCUAGACUGACUACCAAACAGCGUCUCGUGGCCAAACUCAACAGAGUUACCGCCCAGACGCUCAACGGCCAAUGGAACGCCAUCGUGCAGCGCAUGCGCGACUCCGGCACGCUCGAGAACUCUAUCGCCGUCGCCGACGUCUCGGGCUCAAUGACAUGGCCCACCUUCGCGGAUGGCACGCGUCCCAUGGACAGCGCCAUCGGACUGGCUCUACUGGUCGCCGAGUUAACGGCGCCACCAUUCGGAGGCGCCUUCAUCACGUUCUCAUCCACUCCGGAGAUCGUGCGUGUGGACCGGCCGGAAGGUGGACGGGACUUCGUGCAGAGGGUGCACGCAACGGCCAAUGCUAGUUGGGGCAUGAGUACGGACUUCGUGGCCGUGUUUGAGAAGCUGAUUCUCCCGCUGGCCAUCGAGAAUAACGUCCCGGCCGAGCAGAUGGUCAAGCGCGUCUUCGUGUUCAGCGAUAUGCACUUCGAUGCUGCACAGCCCCCGGAGGCCUCCCUGUCUGCACCGCGAUCGCCAUCGUCGGUUCCGUCCGUCCCGUUGCCGUCGUCGCCCACAUCGCCCAUGUCGCCAGGGCUCAUGUCGUCCUCGUCUCCCCCCUUCCCUCCGUCUCCAUCGUUACAAUCCACAGCGCCUGAGCAAACCAGCGAGCGCUGGAGCACCAGCUUCGAGCGGAUCCAGAAGAAGUUCAAGGACGCCGGUUAUGAGAUGCCGGAGCUCGUGUACUGGAACCUGGCGGGCGCGAGGCCGGAUGCUGUGGAGCAGGGCGCGCCGAUGCCGGUCAAGGCGGAUGAACCCGGCUGUGCGCUGGUCAGUGGGUACAGCCAGGCGAUGAUGAAGAUGUUCCUUGAAGGUGGGGGGUUCGAGGACCCGGAUGAGGGCGACAAGAUGGAGGUUAUAGAGAAGACGGUGGUGUUGGAUGAGGAAGGAAAUGAGGGGGAGGAAGUGGUGACGAGGGAGGAGAAGAAAGAUCCGAUGUCUUAUGUGAGGAAGGGGGUGGGGCAUAGAGCCUAUGAGAUGCUGAAGGUGUACGAUUGA